GUUUGUGAUGUCCGAGGCCAUGGAGCUGGAAAUCCACGACGCCCCCGCGUGGCUGUUCCCACUGGGCAAGCGCAAGGGCGAGGGCGAUGGCGGACAGGCCUCGAAGACGUUGGUCGUCGCGACUGGGGGUCACACGGACGCGACGGACGGCAUCGACAUGGCGACCUUCAAGUGGGUGGCGCGCCAGACCUUGGCCAACUCCCGAGCCAUCGCCGAUCUCGAGGCCAACGUAAACGACACCUUUCUUCUGGCCGAGGAGACGUGGCUGGCCAAGGCAGGCCUGCUAGCGAACGCGCAGUACACCAAGGCCGCCGCCGACCUCAAAGCCAAGGCCGCCUCAGACCCGCAGGUCGACACCUCGAGCCUCGGCCCGCCGUUCUUGGUCGUCUUCUUUCUCGUGAUGUCGGAGAUCCGCAAGCAGGCCGCGACGGGGAUUCACAAGGAGGAGGUGGAGGCGUUCUGGCAGACGCACAUCAAGGACAAGACGCCCGCCGAGCUCGCCAUGAUGGUCCGCACGAUGUCGUUCCAGCAGCCCCGGGGCGAGAAGAGCAAGCGCAUGGAGAAGAUGGUCAAGCUGCGCCUUCACAUCCUCACGGACACGGAGGGCGGUCGCAAGCUCAGCACCCUGAUCUACCGCACGCUGUGCGAGCUGAACGCGCAGAAGCUG